AACAUAUUCAUCCAAACAAAUCUGAAAGUGACACUGUAGUCCCCAAUUGCAAUUAGAUUAUAGACGUCUCACGUCUCCCAUUUAACUCAGCAAGGGCAAUAUUGUCUUUUAAGCCAACCCAAUAUAUAGUAUGAUUUAAACUUCCGUGUGGAGACGCUGGAGAGGGAGACGAGAUGCGGCACCUCCCAAUUUCAAUACGAUUCAUGAUAUUUCUCUCUCUUACCAUUACACCUCCAGUUUCAGCUUCACUCUUCUUCUGCAAACUCCCCUCUCCUCCCGUCCCAAAGGCCACACCCUCCGAUCUCCUCUCUCUCCUCGGUCCCACCCGCCACUCCGUCAACCCUCUCGUUGCCCGAGAGCUCAGCUCCUGCUUCAAGUUCCUCGUUCCAUUUACUCCCCGUAAAGAAUUUGAAGGCUUCUCCAUUGGACGCACCUUGAAUAAUAUAAAGAAGGUUACGAGCCGAACGGACAAGGAGAAUGAGCUCGUUUGGUGGCCCCCCGAGGCCGUUCUUGAGCUCGCUCGGCUCGCCGUUGAUUCCGGCGGCGACCCUGAUGCUAUUUAUCAAGCUCUUGACCCUACCAUGUUCACUGUACCUGAUGUUGAAUGUUCGAAAGAGAAUCGAUGUGAGCUAACUAGAACACCCUACGGGAGACAAUUCAUAAGUGAGGAGUUGAAUUCAUAUCUCGGGUAUUUAUUUGAACUUAUUGUUGCUCGAGGUCCUGAUGUUGGGUUGAGUGUGUCACUGGAUCGCUAUGAUUUAUUUCAUGGUCACCUCUUUCUUGCCACGGAAACUGGAAGGCUUGGUAUCUUAUUCCAUGCUAGAGAAUACCCAGCAUAUGACAAAGAAUGGUUUCCCUAUAAUAUGGGUUAUUGCCAGAAAGGGUCCAAUGUAACAUAUGACAAUUCAAUGAACAUGAGAAAUAUUCUCUGGCUUGCCCCAUUGCCAAGGAACUCCACAAAAGGUUGGCUGGCCCCAGGAGUGUUGGUUGUGCUGGAUGCUCGCCCUGACGGAAUUAUAUACAGAGAUCUCAUACCAGAGUAUGUGAAUUUUGCGAGGACCAUAUAUGAAGAUGAUCUGGGGAAUGUUGCGGUUGAUGUCAACUACUUGAACGUUGGGCAAACAGUGCCAGAUUACCAAAUUUUCAUUUGCUGAUCUCUUUCUCAAAGUGGGCAGCAGCUCUGGCGUCAAGCUUUACUGUACAGUAAACCCGCCAUAGUAACGAUUUUUGGUAUUGGUGUAGUAACGUUAUCGGAUCAAUAUUAUGGAAUUUGCCUUGCUUUACAACUUACAAGCCUUUUUUGUGUUGUGCAAAUUGGUUUACCACUUGUUCCAAUAGCUCUAGUUUCUGAAAUAUUUGUCAAUAAUUGUUUCGAAUUUGUU